AUGUUAUUCUCAGGAUACAAAGUAGAAAUAUUGGUCAACGGUAAGACUCUUGAAGAAUGCUUUGAAUAUGUAACUGAAGGAAAUAAAACAACUACUGGUCCUUCGUUUAUUUAUAAUGAGUUGACUGUUAAAAAAACAGAAAGUGAUAAAACUUACUAUGCAAUAGUUGAAGAACCAGGUUCAAAUUUCAAGAUACAAUAUGAAGUUCCUGUUAAUUCGACUUUGCCUGGCCCAAUAAUGGCCAUAGUUCACGUAGAUGGUCAAUACGAUUACACAUACGUUCCAAUUACUGAUCAUGAGGAAAGAAUUCAAAUAAAAGAUGGAUUUAUUCAUGUGAUAAAAAAUAAAAAAUAUCAUUUCAAAUUCGAGGCAAUAUUAAAAGAAGAGGAUAAACAAAAAGAUGUUGUCACUAACGCCAUCGAGGAUGGUACACAGAAGGAAGUUGUCGAGGAGGGGGAGUCAAAAAAAAUCUUCGUUAAUGUCAUUGAGGAUGAUCCAAUGGAUAUUGUCGUCGAAAAUAUGCAAAAGGAAAUUUCCAAUCCAUCAGUCGAGAAUGAACAAAAAAAUGAUGUUGGCAUUGAAGAUGAUCAACAAAAGGAUAUUGUUGACAAUGUUGACGAGAAUGAGCAAAAAGAUUUUAUCGAAAAUGAGCAAAAGAAUGAUAUUUCCAUUGAAGAAAGCCAACAAAAGGAUGUUGUUGACAAUGUUGAUAAGGAUAAGGAUGGGCAAAAAGAUCCCAUUGAGAGUGAAAAAAAGAAUGAUGUCAUUGAAGAUAGUCAACAAAAAGAUGUUGAUACCAUCUUUGAGGAUGGGCAAAAGGAUUCCAUCGAAAAUGAGCAAAAUAAUGGUUUCGCCGUUGAAGAUAGUCAACAAAUAGAAGUUGUUGAAAAGGACGAGAAAAAAGUUCUUAUUGAGGAUGGGCAGAAUGAUUCCAUCAAGGACGAGCAAAGGGAUCCCAUCGAGAAUGAGCAAAAGAAUGUUGUUGUUGUUGAAAAUAGUCAACAAAUGAAUGUUGUCGAGGAGAAUGAGCAAAAGGAUCCUAUUGAAAGUGAGCAAACUAAUGUUAUUACUUUUGGAGAUAGUCAACAAAAGAAUAUUAUCGAGAAGGUCGGGCAAAAUGAUCCUAUCGAGAGUGAGCAAAAGAAUGUUACCGCUGUUUUUGCUGUUGAAGAUAGUCAACAAAUGAAUAUUGUCGAAGAGGACGAGCAAAAUGAUCCUAUCGAGGGUGAACAGAAGAAUGUUGCCACUGAAGAUAAUCAACAAAUGAAUGUUGUCGAGGAGGACGGGCAAAAUGAUCCUAUCGAAAGUGAUCAAACGAAUGUUAUUGCCGUUGAAGAUAGUCAACAAAUGAAUGUUGUCGAGGAGGACGGACAAAAGGAUCCUAUCGAAAGUGAGCAAACUAAUGUUAUUGCCGUUGAAGAUAAUCAACAAAUGAAUGUUGUCGAGGAGGACGGGCAAAAGGACCCUAUUGAAAAUGAUCAAACGAAUGUUAUUGCCGUUGAAGAUAGUCAACAAAUGAAUGUUAUCGAGGAGGACGGGCAAAAUGAUCCUAUCGAGGGUGAACAAAAGAAUAUUGCCGCUGAAGAUGUUCAACAAAUGAAUGUUGUCGAGGAGGACGGGCAAAAGGAUCCCAUCAAAAGUGAUCAAACGAAUGUUUUCGAGGAGGACGGGCAAAAGGAUUCCAUCGAGAACGAGAAAAAAAAUGUUGUUUCCGUUGAAAAUAGUCUGGGAGCAGUUUCAGUUUAUUUUUAUCGAGCAGAACAUUAUUAUCAAAAAGUUAAACCAAUAGAUUAUGAUAUUAAACGACUUUACGGCAGUAGUCUUGGCAAAGAGAGAAAGACAAAGAGCAAUGAUCCAAAUUUAGGAUUCACAAGUUUUGAAGAAAAUUCAAUUUCUACUUCAGUUCCUUUGGAAUCAAUUCUCAAACAAAAAUCCAAAUAUCCAAUUGCUGCUAUGCAUUUACAUUACCGAUCAAAAUCUUGUCGUUGGAAGUCUACUAUGUCACAUGGAGAGGUAGAACGAAGGAAACGAUCUAGAUCAACAAACAAUGAAAAUGAAGAGUCAUCAUCUAAUAAAUCUUCUAUGAAUGAUAAUAAUGAUAAUGAUAGAAGGAAAAAAAGAAGAAUGAGUGAGGAUGUUAUAGUUAUUGAUUAA